UCUGUAGAAAUUAUCUCUAAAACCCUAACCCUAAUCACUCACUACCUUUACUUAUCUUUCCCGCGACGACGGAGCUUGUCCGAAAUGUCCGAUGUAGUAGCGGAGCUAGCGGUGGAUACGAGUUGUGAAGGAGAUGCAAAGCCUGCGGCUCAAUCGCCGGAAAAGUCGGCGAAGCAGUUCUCUGUGUAUGAAGCGACUUCGGAAGAGCUAAUAGAAAGAUCAAUGGCUCCUAUUAAAAAGGAGUUCUUAUGUCCUCCUCCAAGCCGUGCCGGCAAGCAAAAUGAGGCCGCCGACGUUAAGGCUCCUCAAUCGGGAUUGGUCCUGGAGAAGAAAUCAAAACGACAGCUCAAACGUGAACGCCGGGAGAAAUCUGCCAUCAAUCUAUGUCCGCAGAUUGCAAGGACAGAAGACGUCAAUUCCUGUCAGUAUAAAGAGAAAUGCCGCUUUAAUCAUGAUAUUGAAGCUUUCAAGGCUCAGAAACCAGAUGAUAUAGAGGGGCAAUGCCCAUUUGUGGCCUCUGGAAUGAAGUGCGCAUAUGGUUUAUCAUGCAGAUUCUUCGGCACCCACAAAGAUAUUGCUGGUAACUCAGCUGGGGAGGAGAACUCAGAGAUUAACUUUUUUAACAAAGAUACACAGAGGCUUUUAUGGAAAAAUAAGAUGACUUUUAUCAAAGCAGAUGCAAAACUCAAGUCCCUCGGCCUCUUGGGGCAUGCCAAGAAAAGCAAUGCUGCUGAAGAAAAUAAUGCAGAAAAAACUCAAAAUGGUGCCAACGACGCUCAGUCAACUGAUGUAGCGGUUGACUCAGCUGUCAGCUCUGAACCUUUAUCAGAAAUGAUAGAAGAUGUUGAAAUUCCUGGACCAUUAGAGACUGCGGAAGUUCGUCCCAUGAAAAAGGCAAAAUCUGAGGACAAAGAGACUUCUAAACCUGGAGAUGUUAAUGGUGGCGUGAAAGUGGAAGAGGAAACGGAAAAGAACGGGCAUUCUACUUCAAAAUCCGAAGUAGAAGAUGAGGAUAGCAUCAAAAUUGUUGAAACUGAUGCUAGUCUAAAGUUGCACCUUCGUGAAAAGAAAAAGCUAAUUGAUUUUAGGGAUAAGUUGUACCUUGCACCCCUUACAACUGUGGGCAAUCUUCCCUUCAGAAGACUUUGCAAAGUGUUGGGAGCAGAUGUGACGUGUGGUGAGAUGGCGAUGUGCACAAAUCUUUUGCAGGGCCAAGCUUCGGAAUGGGCUCUGCUUAGACGGCAUUCAUCGGAAGAUAUGUUUGGUGUUCAGAUUUGCGGUUCUUUUCCUGAUACGGUGUCGCGUGCGGUUGAGCUUAUAGAUCGAGAAUGCACGGUUGAUUUCAUAGACAUCAACAUGGGUUGCCCGAUAGAUAUGGUUGUUAACAAAAGUGCUGGUUCAGCUCUUCUCAACAAACCUACACGAAUGAAGAACAUCGUGGAAGUCUCUUCUUCCAUUGUUGAAACACCAAUCACUAUCAAGGUACGCACAGCGUUUUUUGAGGGUAAGAACCGGAUAGAUUCAUUAAUAUCGGAUAUUGGGAACUGGGGAGCCACUGCGGUGACGAUUCAUGGGCGGUCAAGACAGCAACGUUAUAGCAAGUCUGCGGAUUGGGACUAUAUAUACCGGUGUACCAAAAACGCUUCCUCUAAUCUACAAGUUAUAGGAAAUGGAGAUGUGUACUCUUAUUUAGACUGGAACAAACACAAGUCUGACUGUCCUGAGUUGUCUAGCUGCAUGAUAGCUCGUGGAGCAUUGAUCAAGCCUUGGAUAUUUACUGAAAUCAAAGAGCAACGGCACUGGGACAUUACCUCUGGGGAAAGACUUAACAUCUUGAAAGACUUCGUACGUUUUGGUCUUCAACAUUGGGGAUCCGACACAAAAGGAGUCGAGACAACGAGGCACUUCUUGCUGGAGUGGCUAAGCUACACGUUUAGGUACAUACCUGUAGGUUUGCUUGAUGUGAUCCCGCAGCAAAUCAACUGGCGUCCGCCUUCUUACUUUGGUCGUGAUGAUCUCGAGACACUCAUGAUGUCUGAAUCUGCGGGUGACUGGGUGCGGAUAUCGGAAUUGCUGCUUGGAAAGGUUCCGGAAGGCUUCACGUUUGCCCCCAAGCACAAAUCCAACGCUUAUGACCGAGCUGAAAACGGCUGAUUCAUCCACAUCUUCUGUAACAGAGCAAUCUCAUUCAAAAAUUGUCUGAAACUGUGAGGAUCAUCAAAUUUAUAUUUAAUAUCUUUAAACAAUUUUUUUUUAAUUGCAUUCUGUUUAUAUAUCAAAAAAAUUCAAAUUAC